ACCUGAGAUUUCUGAGUCAGAAUAAGAGUUGCAGAUGCUGUGGGAAGAACUAGCAUUUUGCAGUAAAUCUAACGACGUCAGCAACGAGCUUCCUUCAAAUAUGGAAGAAAUAUUAAUUGAUGAAACUCCAGCAGCAAAAUGUAAAAAAGGGAAUCACAAUCUGAUUCUUGAUCUUGAGGUUGGUUUGAAGUGUAUGAACUGCGGCUUCGUGCAGAGAGAAAUCCGAAGCAUGGAUGAAUCUGAGUGGGGAGAGAAGAUCACAAGGGAAAGGAGAAGAUUUGAUAGAUUUGACGAGGAAGAAAAUAGCAACAUCCUUGGGAAACUUGGGUUUGAAGCUCCUAACACGAACAGCUUACAUGAGGAUUGUGUUUCUUCUGAAGGAACCGUUUGGGAUAAGAUCCCAGGGGUCAAAUCUCAAAUGUAUCCUCACCAGCAAGAAGGUUUUGAGUUUAUUUGGAGGAACUUAGCUGGUACAAUCAUGUUGAACGAGCUCAAGGACUUUGAGAAUAGCGAAGAAACCGGAGGAUGCAUCAUGUCACACGCUCCCGGGACAGGAAAAACUCGCCUGACCAUCAUUUUCCUGCAAUCCUACCUAGCAUGCUUCCCAGAUUGCAAACCAGUGAUCAUUGCUCCUGCAAGCUUGCUUCUCACGUGGGCAGAGGAGUUUAAGAAAUGGAACAUAAGCAUUCCCUUUCAUAAUCUCAGCAGUUUGGAGUUUACUGGAAAAGAGAGUUCAGCGGCGCUGGGACUUUUGAUGCAGAAGAAUGCCACUGCUAGAACCAAUAAUGAGAUCAGGAUGGUUAAAAUAUACUCUUGGAUAAAAGCAAAGAGCAUACUCGGGAUCAGCUACAACCUCUAUGAGAAGCUUGCAGGAGUUAAAGACGAGGACAAAAAGACAAAGAUGGUGAGAGAAGUGAAACCAGACAAAGAAUUAAAUGAUAUCAGAGAGAUACUUAUGGGAAGGCCUGGACUGCUGGUUCUUGAUGAGGCACACACGCCUAGAAACCAGAGAAGUUGUAUCUGGAAAACGCUAUCUAAAGUGGAAACACAGAAACGUAUCUUGCUUUCUGGAACUCCUUUUCAGAACAACUUCCAGGAGCUGUGCAAUGUUUUGGGACUCGCAAGACCUAAGUAUCUGGAGAAGCUCACAUCCACACUCAAGAAGAGUGGGAUGACUGUAACUAAAAGAGGAAAAAGAGCUUUGGGGAACGAAAUCAACAACCGUGGGAUCGAAGAGUUGAAGGCUGUCAUGCUUCCAUUUGUGCAUGUCCAUAAAGGAAGCAUUCUUCAAAGGAGCCUCCCUGGUUUGAGAGAAUGCGUUGUGGUGUUAAACCCACCUGAGCUGCAGAAGAGAGUCCUAGAAUCCAUUGAAGUCACUCACAACCGGAAAACAAAAAACGUGUUUGAAACAGAACACAAGCUGUCUCUGGUCUCAGUCCAUCCUUCUCUAGUCUCUCGCUGCAAACUCUCUGAGAAGGAACGUUUGUCCAUCGACGAGGCUUUGCUUGCACAGCUUAAGAAGGUAAGACUCGAUCCAAAGCAAAGUGUGAAAACGAGAUUCCUCAUGGAGUUCGUUGAGUUAUGCGAGGUGAUAAAGGAGAAAGUGUUGGUCUUCAGCCAAUACAUAGACCCAUUGAAACUGAUCAUGAAACAUCUGGUCUCUCGUUUCAACUGGAAUCCAGGGGAGGAAGUGUUGUACAUGCAUGGCAAGCUCGAGCAAAAACAAAGACAAACUUUGAUCAACGAAUUCAAUGAUCCAAAAUCCAAGGCAAAAGUGUUCUUAGCUUCAACAAAAGCCUGCUCUGAAGGGAUCAGUCUUGUAGGAGCGUCAAGGGUGAUUCUUUUGGAUGUUGUGUGGAAUCCGGCAGUCGAAAGACAAGCUAUUAGCCGUGCUUAUAGAAUUGGUCAGCAGCGGAUUGUUUACACGUAUCACUUGGUUGCAAAAGGAACUCCUGAGGGGCCAAAGUACUGUAAGCAAGCACAAAAGGAUAGAAUCUCAGAGCUUGUGUUUGCAUGCUCGUCGAGACCUGACAAAGGAAAGGAAAAGAUUGCUGAAGCUGUGACAGAGGAUAAAGUGUUGGACACUAUGGUGCAACGUUCGAAGCUUGGGGAUAUGUUUGACAAUCUUAUAAUCCAACCGAAGGAAGCAGAUCUAGUUGAAGGUUUCAGCAUACUUAUGCCAUGAGUCAUCACCAACUCCAGGUACCAGGCCGGAAGAACUCUAUAUUCCGGGUCCAAGGAUGAUGGUUGCAAUUUAAUCUCUUCGCUUAUAUUAUCAUAUGCUAUUUCAUCUUUUCAAGACUUGUGUUAUGCUUUUGUGGGAUACUUUUGGGGAUCUGAAAAAAAAAACACCUUGGAUUUUGU